AUGCACCACCACAAGGGACCAUCCGUCAAACGCGUGCGCCUCGACAGCAGCACCCUGCGCCAACGAGAGCUCCUGCGAGCCGAAGCUGUCUGGCAGAGAAGCACGGAUUACCGCCGCUACCUGGUCGUGGUCUACGCGCUAGCAUUUCUGUCGCUUUUCCACUUCCUCUCCGGCUCAGGCUUUUUCUCACAAGUCCUGCAAGAUGGGACCCUCGAGGUCAUUGGCGCGGGCUACUCCCGCACCGGGACCUCGUCGAUGGCGAUUGCGCUUGAGAAGCUUCUGGAUGGGCCCGUGUGCCACGGCGGCUCGCAGAUGCUGGGCAGAGAGGAUAGCUACGUCCAGAAGUGGAUCGAGGUCUACAGGCAGCGCGACGCCGGCAACCGCCCUGCGUUGAUGAAGGCCCUGCGUGAGGCGACAAGAGGGUUCGUCGGUGUCACCGAUGUCCCUGCUGUCGACUUCAUUGGGGAGCUGAUCGAGCUCUACCCCAACGUCAAAGUCAUGGGCGUCAGGCGAGACCCAGAUGCUUGGUGGAAGAGCAUGGGCAACCUGAACAAGGUGUCAUCACCAUGGUGGCUGCCGUACUUCCUGGCCCCAAUGCCGACGUGGCGGUGGUUCCCCGCCUUCAUCGAGGGUAUCAGAGGACGAGGAAAGCUGGGAGCCAAGGUCUCCGGGAACGCCGUUCCUGGCCCUCACCUCAUCGCACUCCACAACAAGACGGUAGAAAAGAAGACGCCACCCGGGCAGAUGUACUGGAUGGAGAUCACUGACGGCUGGGCCCCGUUGUGCAAGAUGCUGAACAAGCCCGUGCCCAAGGAGCCCUUCCCUCGGGUCAACGACGCCGCGGCGCUCAACGAGCUGAUCAAAGGGAUGAUGCUGGCGACUGCAGGUGUAUGGCUUGCAAUCACAGUCGUGCUUUUCACCGUAAUUUACUACGGGGCGAGGUCGGGCAUUUUAUUGCCGUCAAGAGCUGGUUCAUUUGUUGUACUGUCUGCCAACUAG